AUGACGUUGCUUCAAGCUAAAGAUGAUGUCUACAUUAAAAAAGAAGCUAAUGAAUUUAUCGUUGAAUAUCUACUUGAAAAUUUUAUUAAUAAACUCGAUAAAAAUAUCAAAGAUAAAUAUUUACCAGAUAUUUCUAAGGAAUUAUUACAUAGAAUCUGUGGCAUUAUCGAUACGAACGCUUUAGAAAUACGACUACCUGAGGGCGCAGAAUUGCAAGCAUUAUAUGCCAAUACUUGCAUUUUAGAGCAUAGCUGUUUACCGAACACAAAACAUACAUUUAACCAGUCAAGUGCGGACAAAAAUGAUUUAUAUAGAAUUACAGUUAAAGUCGUAAUUCCUAUAAUGAAAGGAGAACAUAUCACGACUAUGUAUAGCCAUGCGUUAUGGGGAACGGAGGCGAGAAGACAACAUUUGAAAGACACGAAGUACUUCUCUUGCAAAUGUCCAAGAUGCAGUGAUCCUACUGAACUGGGUACAUAUUUGAGUGCUAUGAAAUGUUUCGGUGAUGGUAAUAAGUCUUGUGAUGGAAUACAUCUACCAGAAGAUCCAUUAGAUGACGACACAGAAUGGGCUUGUAGUGAAUGUCCAGUCAAAGUUAACAAUUCACAGAUAAAUAUGCUGAUAUCUCAAAUGGGCGAAGAAGUCGAUGGUGUGCUAAUGAUGGGUGGUUCAGUAUCGAUGUUAGAGAAUCUCCUUUGUAGAUUGUCAACUUUCUUACAUCCUAAUCAUUAUCAUUUGUAUUCUAUAAAACAUUCUUUAGUCCAGCUCUAUGGUAGACAACCAAGUUAUAUGUCGGAAGAAAUUUUAGAUAAAAAAAUCAAAAUGUGCAAAGAUCUUAUUGAUAUUACCACUACUCUAGAUCCAGGUAACGCUAGAUUGAGUUUGUAUAGUUCGGUAUUGCAACAUGAAUUACACUCUGCUUUAAGUCUAAAAGCGAAGAAGGUUAAAAGUGAUGGUAGUCUCAAAACUGCUGAUGAAAUUAAACCUUUACUCGUUGAAGCAAAAAUAUGUAUUGAACGUGCUUUAGAAGUAUUAAAAGAUGAUAUGGAAGAAACUUCUGGUAGGAAACUGUAUGACGUAAUAGAAGAAAGUAAAAAGGAUUUUGAAAAAUACUGUAAAGAAAAAGGCCUUUCAUUGUAA